AUGACUGCCCUUCACAAUAGUCAGAAGAUGCCGUGGUUCACCACCAACUUCCAGAAAGCUGCUGGGAUGGACACGUCGAACAGGAAAGUCCUGGUGCUGGUUCUGAUGUUGCUGCUGUCUCAAUUGGCCUGUGAUGCUCACAGCAUGUCUGAGUGCUGCAGACAGCCGGCUCGCUCCUGUCGCCUCUACAUGUUGCUGUGCCGCUCAGGAAAGAACUUGGGGGGAAAGCUCACAGAAGACGCCGCCGCUGGCAUCCUAACUCUUGGUAAACGGAGAGAGGAUGAGCAUAGCUUGCAGAGCCGACUCCACCAGCUUCUUCAAGGCUCUAGGAACCCAGCAGCAGGGAUCCUGACCAUGGGGAAGAGGACUGAAGAGAGUGCUGGAGGGCAGUACAUGGACUGGAUGGCUCAGUCAGGAUCUACCAUCACAACGCCACUGCCUGUUUUAAGAUAAAUACCUUGUGGUAUUACUGGGACUCUGUCAGAAAAUAAAAUGUAUAUUUUUUGCUCAUGUAAAAACUAUUUUGUGAUUUUCUUUGAACUGUGCCUUUUUAAAUGUGAUGUGCUGUGCACUACCCCACCAGUUUACACAAGGAACAUGUGUUGUACAUAUAUGGAAAAGGCCUUCUGGUGUAAUAAAAACUA